AGUUAUUUGUGAAUUAAACUGUUUAUUUAAAUAUUCUCACCAAUAAAUCGUGCCAUUAUUUAAAAGUGUAGUUAAUUUGAUUAUAUUGUGAUGUCGUAUUUAUUUAAUAGGUUAUGUAUUAUAAACUGAACUGACGAUGAACCAUUGAUUUUAUAUCGAAAUAUGUAUGAAAAAUAUAGAAUUAAGAAUGCGAAUACAUAGAAAAAUGAUAUUAUUAUGUUAUUUUGCGUUCUUUUUUAUAUUUUUACCUAGUUGUUACUAUAUAAUGACUAAAUUAAGUAACAUCGGUGAUAAAGUUAAGAAACCAUCAGCAUUAAAACAUGAAUCGAAAGUGAAUCAACUUGAAGAAUUAAUUAAAAGUAAUGUUCGAAAUUUAUCGGUUCAAUAUAAAAUAACAAGUACGGAAGCAAAUGAGUUAUUAGAUGAAUUUAUAAAUAAUUUAAACGAUACUAAGUCUAUACAAGAUUAUAGAAGUGUUUGGAAUCAAAUUAAAAAUGGUAUACGUGAAAAUACUUUAUUUAGUUCGAAUUGUAAUUAUUUGGGUACGGCAUUAAAUGCUUUAUCCACAGCCAAAAUUAUAGCUGCUGAUGUUGAUUCUAGAGGCACACAAUUAAAGCUAUUAUUAACUUUAGAGGGUGAAGCAAAUGCAGUAUUUAAACCACAAUGGUAUCCAAUUGAUAAAAUAAUUAGUGGACCAGUGUAUGCAGGAAAAGAUCGAUUUAAUGCAGAAAUAUUUGCAUUCUUUUUAAGUGGCCUCUUAGAUUUUAGAAUAGUACCAUUCACCGUUGAACGUAUUAUUAAUUUAGAAAAAGAUAUUUAUCCGGUUGCAACAGAACGUUUACGUAAUACAAUUGUUAAACGUGACAACAAUAUAUGGUGUGUUUAUGGUGUAUGUCAUUAUUGUAAACCAAGUGAAUUAGCUUGUAGUCAAACUAAUAAACAUUUCAAUGAUUUGAUUGGUGUGAGGGGUGCUUUAAUUUAUCAUAUUCCAAAGAAAUUAAAAUUACAUCGUUCACCGUGGCAACGUAAAUAUAAAGGAAAUCAACCAAUGCGAUGGCAAUAUCAAAAUGAUUAUUGUGAAAAUACGGUAAAGAAAAAAUUAACGACAAAUGAAAUAUUGGAUUUAAUUGAUGCAUCCAUCUUUGAUUUUUUGAUACAAAAUGGUGAUAGACAUCAUUAUGAAACAUUAAAUAAUAAAAUAGUUUUAUUGGAUAAUGGCAAAGGUUUGGGAAACCCUUUAAUUCAUCAUUUGGAUAUUUUAGCACCAUUGUAUCAAUGUUGCAUUAUUCGAAUGAAAACAUGGAUGAGACUUUUAGCAAUGACUGGCAAUAAUUUUCGAAAAUAUUUAAAUGAAUUUGUAAAAUUGAAUAAAGAAAUGAUAACUGAACUUCAUUUAAAUGCAAUCGAAGAACGUUUAUUAAUUAUUUAUAGUGCUGUAGAAUUAUGUAUUAUGCGAUUUCCAAAACAAAACAUUUAUAUUGAAUAA